UCUUUCUUUAGGUACAAAUUCUCUUAAUCGGCAGAACAUUUGUCAGCCAGCUGACUUUUAAGGAUGCCAGCAGGUGUAUCGUGGCCAAGAUAUCUAAGGAUGUUUGGAGCCAGUGUGUUGUCAAUGUUUGCUGGAGCACAGGUUGUGCAUCAGUAUUACCGUCCUGAUUUAACCAUUCCAGAGGUCCCACCAAAGCCUGGAGAACUGCGAACAGAACUUGUUGGCUUGAAAGAAAGACAGACAGACUCGGCAUCUCAGAAACAAUGACCUGUUGAUUUGUUUUUCGUAACUAAUGUGUAUAGAUACACAUACAUAUAUAUAUGAAAAAUGUUUUUUUU